AUGUCUGCUGUCGCCGAGAAGGUUUCCGAGGCCGUCAAUGACGUUACCAAUGCUCUGAGCAAUGCCACUAUCUCCGACAAGGCCGCCGAUAAGCCUGCCGCCAACAACGAUGCCGUCCUCGCCAGCGCCGCUGAGGGCCGUCGUCUCUACAUCGGCAACCUGGCCUACGCGACAACGGAGGGGGAGUUGAAGGAAUUCUUCAAGGGUUACCUUGUCGAGUCCGUCUCCAUUCCCAAGAACCCUCGCACCGACCGCCCGGUUGGCUACGCCUUCGUCGACCUCUCCACUCCUUCUGAGGCCGAGCGCGCCAUCUCUGAACUUUCCGGCAAGGAGAUUCUCGAGCGUAAGGUCUCGGUUCAGCUUGCCCGCAAGCCCGAGCCCGCUGGAGAGAAGACCGAGGGUGCCAACGGCGAGGGUGCUGGCGAGGGCAACCGCCGCCGCGCCUCCGGCCGUGGACGUGGCCGUGGCCGUGGCCGCGGUGGACGUGGUGCCCGCGGUGGCCGCGCUGCCGCCGCCGAGGUUCCUGCUGGCGCCCCUGCCACCUCUGAGGUCCUUCCUCUGACUGAUGCCACCAACAAGGACGCCAAGAGCGAUGGCGAGAAGCCUAGCCAGGCUCGUGCUCCCCGUGAGCGACGCGAGCGUGGCCCCCCUGCCGACGGCAUUGCCUCCAAGACCAAGGUCAUGGUCGCCAACCUGCCUUACGACCUGACCGAGGAGAAGCUCAAGGAGCUCUUCGCUGCCUACGAGCCUUCUUCCGCCAAGAUCGCCCUGCGCCCCAUCCCCCGCUUCAUGAUCAAGAAGCUUCAGGCCCGCGGUGAGCCCCGCAAGGGCCGUGGCUUCGGCUUCGUCACCCUUGCCUCCGAGGAGCUCCAGCAGAAGGCUGUUUCCGAGAUGAACGGCAAGGAGAUUGAGGGCCGCGAAAUCGCUGUCAAGGUCGCUAUUGACAGCCCGGACAAGACCGACGAGGAGGCCAACGCUCCCACCGAGGAGACCAAGGAGGAGAGCAAGGUCAACGGCACUGGUGCCACAGAGGCCGCGGCUGCUCCUGCUGCUGCGGACGCUGCCCCUGCCACCACCGCCUAA